AUGUCUUCUGGCAGCGAGGAUGAAGACCCCAAUGUCAAUGUUAUCCCCAUGGAGAAAUUUCCCAGUGAUGGGGACAUGGGUACCUGGCCUGAGACUCGUAACUACACUGAACGCUCUGAUUUGCGCUGGCGGCAGUUACUUGCUGACAACUGGCUCAGAGCUAUGGGCACUUACGAAGAAGGUGUCAUUCAUACCAUUGAAAAGUUGCCUGAGGGAUACUGUCUAUUCGAGCGAGAGCGUGGGACCAAUCCUGGCAUGUUUGACCCUUUUCUCUUUGGCCAUCCGAGCGGUCAGUAUUUCCAAUCACAGAGGACCUUCUUUCCCCAUUUCAUGUCUCUGGUCAAGAACGAGCUGGACAAGUGUCAAUGCAAGCCGUGUGGUAAGAUGAAGACAAGCCAAGGGACUGCAGUUGUGGGGGCUACGGUGCAAGGAACCAGACCUGUCGUGCAGCCAGUCACCAAUGAGCGUCGACCAACCGAUGCAGAGGGACCAGAUUACUGGCGAAUCUUGGUUAUGAAAUUGAAAGAUAAGGGAACCCUCGAUGAAGAUAUUGAGCAGAAGUUCAAUCUUGACUGGGUGUUGACUCAGGAAUGGCUUUCGGAUUACUUCAUGAAACUGGUUCUAGAUCCCGCCUACGUCCCCCGUCGUGGUGAACUUGUUCUCUGGAUCUGGCAGGGUCUCGAAGACGGCUGCUUGGUGCGCAACCCUGAGACUGGCUUCAUUGAAAUAUUCGGCAACGACAACAAGUGGCAUGGCGUGCCCAGUUGGCGUGCCGGUGUGGUGACCCAAACCCCAGAGGAGGAAGAGCAUAUGGUGGAUAUCAUUGAAGCUCCGGACAGUCCACGCGGGCUGAGCUACUCUGGAUUCCGGGUGGAGACUCUCCCAGAUCCCCUGGGUAAAGACAAGUCUUACUCCGUACAAUACGCCUAUGUUCCGUUGCGGAAUAUCAAACCUUUCAACACAUGGCAACUCUACCUCCAUGGCCAAGAGCGAGAGGAUAUUCACCCAUCUAUUGAGAACGCCAUGACUGUUAUGUCUUCCUGGAGCAUGGUCCACAAGUUCCACAUCAUUGGCAAAUGGCCCAAUGCCAGGAUCUACUGUAAGGGAAUCUUCAUUGGAGCCGAACUCAUUGCUGUUCACGACACUGUUCGUCUUCGGCCACAUGGACUCCACCACGACCAGCUCGAUGACCGAACAGUCUGCGAAGUGACAGAAGUGAUGGUUAUUGAAAAAAUCGCACUCUGCCUUUCAGAGUGUAUCGACGACGACGAGGAGCAGCUGGCAAACCACUUCACAGCGCUGAUAUCCGGUAGGGUCUUCACCACCAAUCCCGAGCGCGUUACCGAAGAAGGCGUAUUCAAAGGUACAAACCCAGCAACCGUUCCUAUCCCGCUCACUACGGAAGAAGCAACCGCUACCUUCCGCCAGGUCAGCAUGAGCGAAUACGGACCCUGGUACCGUAUGGCCAACGGCCGAAUCUGCAACGUCUCCCCACACCUAAUCAUCGGUCGCUGCUACGAACCGCUCGCGGCAGAGCUUAUGUUCGGCACCCACACAUUGGGUUAUGACCUACCCGGCGUGAUGGAAGGUCGUCAGUACUCGUCACAAGUCGAUGCGCGCAUGCCCAAAGGCAACACGUGGUUCUGGGGCGACUGCCGGGUGGAGACGCUCGGACUAACAGAAAUCAACGGUGUGGAGUGCGGUCUUACAGCGGUGCAGCGCGAAGACCCGCGCAAGUGGCAGGCGAUCAUCAAAAUGUCGCACGGCGAAGUUAGUCACGCUCUCCGGCGUCAGGCUCAGAUUCCUUCUUCUGGUGGCCAACCCUUCAAGUCUCUGGCUUCAUCUGUUGCAAAGGGUACCAGCUCACGGCGGAAGACCGGUCUUGCGCACGUUGCACAAACCAGUAAACUGGUCAGCUCUGCUAUUGGCAGUGCGCCGGAAACCGAGGAUGACUCCUUGGAGGAUGUAUUUGAGGAUGGCACUGGAUUGGGUGAUCAAGUGUCUGGAGGUGUGUCUGGGCUGGGGCUUCAAGGUGGUCAUUCUUCUGAGGAGGAUAGUGAUUAUCCGUUUACUUAG